CUGUGCCAGUUUUCAGUUGGGACAUCAUGUUGAGACCAACCAGGUGUUAGAUUUCGUAUCGAAAUUAUUUUAAUGACCCGUUUGCCCUUCUUCUUGUCUUCUAUUUGCCCAUUUGGGUUCACCAGCUUUCCUCAAGUCCACCUGAAAUUUAUUUGCCAUUUUAAACACUUUCAGAAAGCAGAGACAGCAUAGCUGCAAAGAACCCACUUGGUGUAAUUCGUAAGCUUACUCUUCUAGAUUCUUUUUUGUUUGGUGGGUUUUUUCAAAUGCUUAGUUCCGAAGCUUGAUUUGAGCUGCUUAGGAGGUACAUUAAAGUCUUGGUUUUUGCUUUUGAGUUCGUUUUUGGUGGUGUUAUAUUAAUGGGUUUGUUUUCUGGGUUUGCUUGAGUUUGAAGUUUCGUAUAUGAUUUCAAUUAUAGUUUCUGUUUCUGGGAUUAUGUGCUAGAGCGAUGGAGAUGGUGUUUUCUUUUGCAAAAUUGAAACUUUUUUCCCCAAGGGGUUUGAGUCUUGGGAAUGGAAUCAUAAAGGAUCAUUGUAAAAUCUGGAUUUUCCAUUCCAUCAAUGGACUUGUUGCAAUUGGCUCUUUGACAUCUUUCAUUUUAGCGAUGGCAUAUGCUUAUCUGUAUUUGUUUCCAAGUUCUCGUCCUGUGAUUCGUAGUUAUGGGAUUUCUAAUUCCACUGGUUCCAUUGAAAAAUGUAAUCUUUUCCAAGGGAAAUGGAUCCCGGAUGAAAAUUACCCUUUGUACAAUGCCUCGGAUUGUCCAUUUGCAGAACGUGGAUUUAAUUGCUUUGCUAAUGGGAGGAGAGAUAGAGGCUAUUCAAAGUGGAGGUGGAAACCAAAGGACUGUGAUAUUCCAAGGUUUAAUGUCCAAGCUGUUCUCGAAAAACUUCGAGGGAAAAGAGUGGUUUUUGUGGGUGAUUCAUUGAGCAGAACACAGUGGGAGUCUUUGAUUUGUAUACUUAUGACAGGUGUGGAUGAUAAGAAGAGUGUUUAUGAAGUGAAUAAGAAUAAAAUCACCAAGCAGAUUAGAUUUUUAGGUGUAAAGUUUAGUUCUUUUGAUCUUAGGAUCGACUUUUACCGGUCAAUCUUCCUAGUGCAGCCUGGUCCAGCUCCUCCCCGUGCACCGAAGAGGGUUAAAACUACUCUCAGACUUGAUGUGUUGGAUGAUAUUAGCAAAGAAUGGAUUGAUUCUGACAUUCUGAUAUUUAAUUCAGGACACUGGUGGACACCAAGUAAACUUUUUGAGCUGGGCUGGUAUUUCCAGGUCGAUAAAUCACUGAAGCUUGGAAUGCCAAUCAAUACUGCCUUCAGAAAAGCAUUGAACACCUGGGCAUCUUGGGUUGAGAAAAAGAUCAACACAAAUAGAACAAGUGUAUUCUUCCGGACCUUUGAAGCAUCGCAUUGGAGUAGUCGAAGUCGUAAGACCUGCAAAGUGACUCGACGGCCUUGGUUUAGCACUAGAGGGAAAGAACGAAGUCCGAUUUCAGAUACCAUAAUCAAUGUUGUAAGGAAAAUGUCUGUACCUGUUACAGUUCUGCAUGUUACGCGUAUGGGAGCGUUCAGGAUUGAUGCUCAUGUAGGUACAUGGAGUGACAAUCCAUCUGUGAAAGAUUGUAGCCAUUGGUGUCUUCCUGGUGUACCUGAUAUGUGGAAUGAAAUUCUGUUAUCAUAUCUCAUGCUGCCGAAUUUGGUUUCGUCCAAUGAACAAUAGAGACCGGAAAAUUAAUGAAUUUGGUUAUUUUCCUUCA